AUGUCGGAUAAAGGUGAUUCCCUUCCUCAUCUGAAAUUUAUCCAACCGUGCAUUCAUUUUCCUCGCUUGUUUUUGAGUGUGCUAGCUUCAAAAUUAAAUGGUUCACUAUUUUUAACCGGUGUGAGCACUGAGAGUGGAUUGAAACUUGUUAGUUACAAAUCUAAAUAUGAUGGAAGAAAUCAAGUAUAUCAUGUUUUGAUUAGGAGCUUGGAAAUGGAAUUCUUUAUGGACAUGACUGAAAAGUACGGUAUAGUGAGGAAAGAAAUUUCGGAAGAGGUGGAUGUUGAUAACCUAUUAGAAACAGAUAACGACAAGAUUUUCGAAAUUGUGGAUUUCGUGGAUGAUGGAAUUGUAGGAGUAGAUGGUGUGAUCGUAACCGAGGUGGGUAUCAAGUUCAAUGGUGAAAAAGAGUUGUUUGAUUUUUACAAAAGAUAUGCAUACAACGUAGGCUUUUCGGUUAGGAAAAGAAAUUCACAAAAGGAUAAUGACAGAAUUGUGAGAUAUGUUGUCUUUACAUAUAGCCGUGAAGGCCGAAGAAAUAGUAACACAAGUGGUUCUUUGAAGCCGGAAGCUACCAUUCAAACAGGUUGUAAAGCCAGACUAACUGCUUUUGCAGAUGCAUGUGGAGUACGAAAAAUUAAUACUGUUAAUCUCAUUCACAAUCAUAAAAUCAGCCCUUCAAAGUCUAGGUUGUAUCGUUGCAACCGAGAAUUGAGUGCUCAGGUGAAACGACGGCUUGAAGUGAACGAUAUGGCAGAGAUUUCGUUGCAUAAAAGCUACAACUUAGCAGUAGUAGAAGUAGGGGAAUACGAGAAUAUGACUUGCAUCGAAAAGGAUUGUCAAAAUUAUGUAAAACAAGUGAAGCGGUUAAGACUUGGAGAAGAUGAGGAGUCGCGGUUGAAGAAUAGUUUUUGGGCAGAUAAUAGGAGUAGGCAAGCGUAUAAAGAGUUUGGGGAUGUGAUAACAUUUGAUACUACAUAUUUAACUAAUAUAUAUGACAUGCCCUUUGUACCUUUUGUUGGAGUUAAUCAUCAUGGACAAUCAACACUUCUCAGUUGUGGUUUGGUGUUGAAUGAAAAUACAGAAACAUUUGUGUAG